AUGCCCAAGCGCAAGCGUAAUUCCACCGCUGCCUACGCAGCAUCCCAGCCUCUUUUCGAUGCUCUGAGGGAAGCCUGCGAACAAUUGGAGCUGCAGAAGUCCAACUUGCUGCUAGCCCGCGAUCUUGUCCAAGGUUUACAUGUGAAACUUCAACAUGUCGACUUGGCUGUAGGAGAUCGGCCGUCUCGGGUCGACAAUCAUGGACGAUAUCUGGACAGCACGCUGGCAGCAUGGACGACGGCCAUCAAUUCUUACCACAAUAUUUUCGAGCAGCUAGUCCUGUUGACGGCCCCAGAGCCGGCAAUGGGCAGAGAUGCUGCCGAUUCGCACGAAAGCUUCAAGAACAUUUCCCGUUCUGCUUUUGAAGCUAAGAAUGCCGUCGCCGGAGUUGUCAGCGCUCGUGAUACCUCGAAACGACAAACAAGCGACCACAAAGCCUCCAACAUCGGCAAUUGGGGAAUCCCCACAAACGAGCACUCUCGUUUCAGUCAGUCACCUAGCGGCACAGACACGAAGCCACGGUCGAGUAAACUUCGAAAACGCAAUGGCCUGACUGCAUCGGCAAGCAAUAAUCACCAGCACGCGGAAAUUGCCACGACGCCGAGCGCAAACAAACCGACGGCUGCGAAAAGCGGCCACAACAACAAGGAUUUGAACAAUGGUGCAGAGCUCCUUCCAAAAGAAACGAAUGUUUUCGUCAAAGAUGGUGUCAAGUACGAGGACGUUUCCGCAGAAGUGACAGCACGACUACAAGCCAAACAAGAAAAGAAGGCGGCAGCCAAGGUAAAACAGGAUAAGAAAAAGAGGAAGCGGGAAAGCACCGACUCGAUUCGGGCCACGAACGUGAAAACAUCCCACGUGGCUACCAGUCCAGUCACAGAUCUACCAGAGAGACCUCGCCGGAAGAGGUCUAAACGGACUUCUUCUGUAGCCUCCGAUCAGAAAUCAGAGCAACUUGGAUCGGGACGCAGUCAGAGAAGGUGA